AACAGGACCGCGGGCGAGUUGAGCAAGAGUCCAGAAACGUCUACUUGCACUCUUGGCAUAAAUCCAAUCUUGAAUCUAUCGCUUGCUAAUAUUGGGUACUCGAAAUGCUUCACGGAUCCAAACAAGGAGUGCGGAGUGCAGAGAAUGGACGCUGUCGUGGCGCAUUCCGCUCGGGCGCUGCACCUCGCGCCCGCGGGAGUUCUAUGAUGUGCUCUGCAUCAGCAACACUGAGCGCUGCGCCAAAGGCUUCCGACCCCGCGACGCCCGUCACGCUCCCCCCGUCGCUUCGUAAUGCCGUUGCGGUGUUGGAGGCGCCGAACCCAACUGCUCCGGGCGGCAAGACCAGCGUGUACCUGCUGGCCAUGUCGCACGUCUCCAAGCGCAGCGUGGAGCAGGUGCACGAGCUGAUCCACCUGGUGCGGCCCGAGGUGGUGGCUGUGGAGCUGUGCAAGGAGCGGUCGGGGCUGCUGGUGGACCCGGAGGACGCCGCCACGGCGCCCAAGGUGUGGCACAGCCGCAAGAUCCAGAUCGAGGGCCUGCCUGAGGACGAGGCCAGCAAGGGCUGCUGGCCCAGCUCGGAGCAGCUGCAGGCGCUGCUGACGUGCCGGCCGGGGCGGCCCGUGAACCAGCAGGACAUCGAGGGCGACGUCAUCCGAUUGCUCAGCACCGGCCUGUUUGCCAGCUGCCGUCCCGGCGCCUCCAAUGCCGGACGCGAGGAGGCGCCCGCCUUCCUGGUCAAGCCGCCCGCCGCCGACGCGGCCGCGACCGCAGCGGCGGCCGCCGCCGGUCCCGACCUGUCACUGGUGCCGCCGCUGGGCGCCAUUCGCUUCCGCGUGACGCCGCGCAGCCUGCCCGCACUCACCGGCCUCAGCGCGCGCGUGGACAGCAGCCUCAAGAGUGCCAAUGUGGACCAGCGGGCUCUGGACGCCAUCUGCCUCAAGGCCACGGACGAGUGCAAGGCGGGUGCCAGCGGCCUGGUGGCGCUGCUGCGCACCCGGCAGCGCGUCAAGGAGCUGCUGGCGGGACACGAGGUGACGGUGUCGUUCACGGGUGUGGAUUCGGGCCGUGUGGAGAUGAUCGUCAAGGCCACCAAGCCCACAGACCCCGCCUACGCCUCGGGUCUGGAGCCCACGGCUGUGAACGGCGAGGGCUUUGGCAUUGAGCCCUUCCGCCCGCAGCGCAAGAUGUUCGAGGUGAGCAAGAAGAUGUUCAUCCCAAGCGAGACUUUGGAGGCGAUGCGGGCGGCGCGCAUGGGCGCGACGGCGGCGGCGGCGGCCAGCACCGACGGCGAGGCGGAGAGCGCCAGCGCCAGCGGCCGCGUCGGCAGCGUGGCGCACGCGCGUGUCAAGGCCCCGCUGCGGCCGUGGACUGCGGAGGAGCUGGAGGCUGCCAAGGCCGACUACCCGCCCGUGCGGCCCGUGCAGGACUCCCUGGCCCGCUUCAUGAGCUCCACCUACGCGCGCAUCCAGUCCAAGGCCGGGCGCACCCUGGAGCUGGAGCCGGGGGCGGCGUGGCGGGCAGCCAUGGAGGCGGCGACACAGGUGGGCAGCAGUGCGGUGCUGCUGGCGGACCGGCCGGCGGACGUGACGGAGCACCGCAUGGGCGCGGGCCUGGCCAAGGACUCGGGCGUGCGGCUGGCCGCUUCUCUGGCGCUGCUCAUUGGCGGGCUGGUUGCGGAGCUGGGCGGCGCAUUCGCCUCCCUGCCCGACCAGGCGGAGGCGGGCGCCGUGGCGGCGGCGGUGGCGGCGGCGGUGGCGGUGGCGGCGCCAGUUGUGGGGCCCUUCCUGGAGGUGUCGCGGUUCGCGGACAUGAGUGCGGACCAGAUCGAGGACGCGGUGGCCAUCAAUGAGCCCAUCAGCGGGGGAGACCUGUCCAAGCCCCUCAAGCUGUACGGCGAGGACGCGCUGCUGGACUGGCCCGGCGCCUUCCCCGCGCUCAUCAGCGAGCGCGACAGCUUCAUGGCCAAGGCGCUGGCGGCGGUGGCCACGGGCAAGGCCCCGGUGGUGCCUCUGUACGUGCUGGACGACGUGGACGGCUCGGCCGUGUGGCGCUACGCCAUGCCCGAGGCCGGGCCCGCGCGCGCCGCGCCGCCCGGCUUCGGCGACGGCGGCGUGGGGCCCCUGGCGGGCGUGCGGGCCGUGGUGGGCGUGAUCGGCAGCGCGCACGUGCGCGGCAUGGUGCGGGACUGGCAGGCGGCGGUGAAGGACACGACGGUGGAGCCGCUGCUGGCGGAUGCGGAGUAGGUUGCGGGGGCUCUGGGGCUGUGGAAUUAAGAGUUAGGGAGGUGGACCGGUGAGGAGGAGGGGCUGCGAUUACUGACGUGCAGGCUUAGGUGAGAUGGUAAGAAUGCGAGGUGCGCGUGCUGAUGGGAGGAGCUGGUGAGCGGGACUGAACAGAUGCAUGUGGGGUACUGAACGGGCAGGCAUGGCGGAAUACGGAUACCAGUAUGGUGGCAGCUGCCCUGUACUGGGACUGGAGCUCAUGUGUUAUGGUUGGGGUGGCCUCUGGACUCAGGUUGGGGGCCAGGUGCGAAGGUCAACAAGUUGCUGCGGUGCCAGACUGUGUGGAACUGGGGAUGCCAGUUCACCCACGUGUAACCACAUGACCUG